CUUCAAUGCUUCAUGGCAUCGCUUCAGAUCAUUUGUUUUGGAGACCUCCACUACUACUACCGUAACUAGUAUCCCACAAACCAACCAACACACACGAGCAAACAAAACAAUACAAUGCCCGGCACUCCAGUAGCCCGAGGACAGCAUGUGGUCCCUUCAGGAAUUGCCGUGGAAGAAUUCUCGGAUGGUCCCGAAGCCUGCGACCGGUUGACCAAGGAGUGUCCCGAUGCGGUCCAGACGCUCUUGUACGAGAAGAAGCUGCAAACGAUCUACGUGAAAUUCAUGGAAGAUCUCGUCAAGAAAGGCCACGAUGGCAAGACGUGGAACAUUCCGGCUCUGGUGGAGAUUGUCCAACGAUUUCAACGGCAAUUUGUGGGCAUUCAAGUGGCACUGUGUUGUCUCACUUCUCAUUGUGGGAGUUAUCGAUGGUACUGGAUCGAAUACAUUGAUACCACUGUCCAACCUGCAUACAAACCCACACAAUUCGAUCUGAGUGGCUACCAACGAGUGCUGCACAAUUCGCAUGCCAUUCCGGGCAACGGCAGUGUGGCCGUUCACGAAAUGCUCGAUUGGAGUCCCAAGAAAUUCGUAUCCACGGUUCCUCAACCAGUAUUGGAACUGGUCCAAGCCAAGGGCGCCACAGCCUUGUACCAAAAACUCAUUCAGACAAUCUACGACUCGAAAACCACGCGGACAUGGACGGGGAGUUGGAAAACCACCGAAGUACUGGCAAUAGUGAAACAAUUCGAAUCCGAGUUCCAGGCAUUUGGACUCGACAUUGUCGUGUGCAAAUGUACGGAUCCCAGAGACGAUUGGGAAUAUCUCAAAUGGUUGGAAAUCAUGGACCAAACGACGAUCCUUAACUAUGUUCCUCUGUAUUCCGUCGAUGACGCCAAACGAAAAGACGUGUCAGAACGCUUUUCGUCCACACGAGGAGGCAAUACCCGCCAUGCCGUCGAACAAUUGGUGGUCAAUGGACAACCGCAACUCUCGGAAAAUUGUCCUGCGGCAGUAGUACAAAUGAUGCAUCUCAAAGGAUUGACCACACAAGAUUAUGAGAAACUGGAUACGGCCAUUGCAGCAUCCCAAUCGCUGCGCAACUUUUUUGAUAUUUGGAGGCUCCAAGAUCAAGGCUUGAUCCAGUUCACGCCGUUGGAGGACUUUCGAAGCUGUUUUGCCAAGCAUGGCGUGCGGACGAUUCUUUGCGAGUCAGUGGGAUCCAAUGAGGGACGAAACUAUUGGUUGGAAUACAUUGACAUGGCAACCACACCGAACUACAGUACACCCUACAAUGUCAAUUAUGGAGAAACGUCCGUCACGAAAAAAGGAGACGAUGAACAACAAACAUCUUACAAAACUGUCAUUCACGGACAUCACAAGGUCCCGGAAGGUGUCGUGGUGGAAGAAUUGGGAGGGGUCCAGAAACUCACCGACCCGUGUUCCCCGGAAGUCCUUGCCUUGUUGGAGGAAAAGGACUUGCUCGACGUCUAUCAAGACUGCAUGAAAUCCAUUGCCAGUGCCAAGUCCACGCGCAGUUGGAUUCGCAAUUGGAAAUCCGAAGAGAUUCUUGCCGUCCUCCAAGAAUAUGAAAAACCAUUUGCCGCCAUGGACGUCCAGGUGGCGCUCUGUAAGUUAAAACCAGACAAGGGUAUGAGCUAUCGAUGGUUCGAGUUUAUUGACACGACCAAAGCCAAAACCUAUGUUCCUCAAUAUGAUGUGAGCAGUUACGACGAGACGCUCGAAUUGCUCCAGACGACACUCCACUUUCCCAAGGGCAUUGCCGUGGAACUGCUCAUGGAUCGAAAGACCGUCAUGCAAACGGUACCGGCCGGUGUCAAGACAAUGAUGGAAGCCAAGGAUUGCAUGGACUUGUACAAUGCACUGGUGGAUGUCUUGUGUCAAUCGGUGGUGGGAGACGACAAUAACGACGCCAGCGAAGCUCACAUGAAAGAACUCACCAACGUGCUGGGACCAAAAUUUGAAACCAAAGGAGUCUCCGUUUACUUAUCUGGCAAGACAGAGGCAUCCCUGGAAGGAGGCGCCAAGUCUUUCUUUUGGGUUGAGUUUGUUGACCGUGUAGCUCAGCCAAACUACGUGGCCCAAAGAGGCAUUGACAUGAAGAAGCUCCCCACUAAAGGCUUUUCCAAGGAAGAAGCUCUGUUAGCAUCUGGAUUCGUCGCCUUGACACUUGCAGAAGAGUUACUUCCACUGAUGUUUGUAUUCUAAGUAGACCGAUUCAGGUUGCACAAUGGUAGUGUGAAAUUACGCUGGACGAGCCAAGGUUGAACUCGUAACAUCAAUCAGGAAGGAUAACUGACAGCUAUGGCUACUUGGGUCCUCCGUUGGGUUUUGCUCUGAGGCACCAAACCCCGUAGGCAUUCACGUAGUCCCUAUACACGUAGUUUUGCCUGUGUUGUAGUGUCAAUGGAACGAAUCUGACCACG